GUUGCAGAAUAAAUUAAUGGCACAACAUUAUGGAUAUGCUGGGCAACCGCCCUAUCCGCAGCCAGGUUAUCAAAACGGAGGAAAUCCAUAUCAGCAAGGUCCUCCAUAUCAACAUCCUCCUGCUCCUGGUUUCAAUCCUCAAGUAUUCAUGCCACCUCCUCCGAUGCACCCCGGCGUUGAUGCAUACGUCGAAAGCGGAGGUGUUAAAUCGGAUUUUGGCUUUAAUUCGGCAUCCAUUCGAGCAGCUUUUGUCCGAAAGGUUUUCAUACUUGUUAGCAUUAUGUUAGCAGUAGUAACACUGAUGACUGCUAUUCCAUUUCUUCAUCGAGGAACUAUGACGUUUGUGCGAAGUACACCAGCACUGUAUUUUGGAAGUUACUUUGCUUUUUUGGUGGUCUAUAUGACGUUAAUAUGCUGUGAAAGUGUACGAAGAUCAUUUCCGGGUAAUUUGAUUGCAUUAAGUAUCUUAACGCUAUCGAUUGGUUACAUGACCAUGAUGAUUUGUUCUUUCCACGGACUGACCCCAGUAUUACUUUGCCUGAUAAUAACAGUUGUUUGUUGCGCUGGGAUCAUCAUUUUUUCGUCGCAGACGAAAUAUGAUCUUACAAGCAUGUAUGGCAUGAUGUUCAUCGUUUCAUUGGUACUUCUGGUUUUUGGUAUUGUUGCAAUCAUUGCCGCCACCGCAUUUCAGGUGACAUGGUUGUACACCGUUUAUGCCGGACUCGCUGCAUUGCUUUUCAUGGUUUAUUUGGCUAUUGACGUUCAGACAAUAAUGGGAGGACGAAGGCACGAAAUUUCUCCUGAGGAUUACAUAUUAGCAGCAAUUCAAGUUUUCCUGGAUAUUGUCUACAUCUUUUGGAUGUUGCUUACUCUUUUCGGUUCAGACAAGGAAUGAGAAUGAACAGAGUGAGCUAUUAUAAGGAUCAUACAGAUAUCGACUCGAUCGUGUUUCCUACUAAUCUUUUUUCAAAGCCAUUUCAGUGUUGUAUUAUCUGUUAAUUGAUAUUCUUACUAAUAAGAAACUACCAAGUCUAUGUAAUCUGGUGAACAUUCACACCCAAAAAGUUUAAACUUUCCUAGUGGGAUCAUGAAGUUAAAGAAAAGUGAUCAUAUCUGUGAGUGACUUGCUUUCGGAAAAAUAAUGAGGGUGUCUUAGGAGGGUUGAACUGGAUUCAAACUGGAUCUUAAUGAUAUCUUAAUUAUAAUAUCGAUGACAUCGUCCGAAAUCGCAGUUAAUGCAGUUUUCAGGAACAUUUCCUCGGUUGCUUAUUUUGUGAGAACUACAGAUUUAUUCUUUUUUGAAAUUGCUUAUUUCAGUAACUGACAAUAUGUGGAGCUAAUGGUUAUUCUUCGAGUGUUUAAGGUUGCUGUCUUUGUAUCCACAAACAAGUUAUAUAUUUUAUCAGGGACGAUCGAUGGACUUUUUUUUUUCGCUUUUCCUCAUAUUUUUAAUCUUAGAUAUUUUACCAGGUUAAGGACUUGUUGGUUAUAUUUUUUGAUUUGUAAUUCAAUUUUGAAUAGCUUGGAGAAGUGAUGUACUUUUAAUCAAUGGUUUUGAAAUGACACUCGAAAAUUUAGGAAAACGUGAUGUGUUCAGUAUCUGCAUUGCUAUGUUGUGUUUUGUUCUGUCAUUUCUAUUUCCAAAAUUUUCUAUUUUUUAAAUUUUCGUUCUUUGUAAAAGUUACUUUUUAAAUCAUUGAGCUUGUGAAGUAAAAAAAAGCAGUUGUCUCAUCUUUAGUUUGUGGGCUCAUUUUUCAUUGUAAUGAUUUUUAAUUUUCAUUCCUCAUAGCUGUGUAAAGAGUAUACUUUUGAUAAUUUUACUGACUGGUGUUGUGUUGAGGUACGCCGAAAAUUAACAGCUUUGAAAAUAAAGUUCCUUAUUCUGAAAUUAGGUGAUUGUCCUCACAGUGAUGCAUCAGGAAAGUAUUCAUG